GACUGACUGGGUUCUUAACAUGUUGCUGUUGUGGAACAAAGAAUGUGGAGGCACCAUCUGAACAGAGCAUUCCUGUGGGAGUGUCACAGGCCAGGACUUCAAGGGAAUCUCAGUCUUCCCAGAAGACCCACCCCUGUGAGAUGUGUGGUCCAGUCUUGACAGAUAUCUUCCGUUUGACUGAGCACCAGGAAACACUGCACAGACUGAGGUGUGGGGCAUGUGGAAAACAAUUUUAUUUCAGUGCAAACUGUCAACACGACCAGGAGCAGCUCACGGGAGAGACACUCCUCCUAAGCAUUGUGGAUAGAUCCUCGUUUGUAAAGAGCUGCAAUUUCCAUGUGUCACGGAAGCCCUCUACCCAUGAGGGGGUUGGAAAGGACUGCCUGACCUCCUCAGGACAUCUCCAACAAGCCACUCACACCAGAGAGAAACCAGACAAGAUCUCCAAAAGUAGGGGGACUCUUCAGCCCAGAAAAAGUAACUGUACUAGGGAAGAAUGUGAGAAAGCCUUCAGUCCCAAACACGCACAUGUUCCGGACUCGGGAGUGCAAAUCAAAAAACAGUGUUUCGUGUGCCGUGAGUGUGGGAAAACAUUCAGGUACAAAUCCUCACUUGUUAUUCACCAGAGAGUCCAUGAUGAUGACAGAAUUCAUGUCUGUGACGACUGUGGGAAAUCCUUUAGGGGAAGCUCAGCCUUCACUCAACACCGAAGAAUUCAUUCUGCGGCGAGGCAGCACAAGUGCGGCAAAUGCGGGAAAUCCUUUAACCAAAAAUUUGUCCUCAUUUAUCCUCAGAGAAGCCACACUGGAGAAAGUUGUUACGUCUGCUGUGAAUGUGCACCAUCUUUCAGGCAAAGCUCUGCUCUUAUUCCACAACAACAGACAGUUUAUUCUGGAGAAACGAGUUUUGAGUGCACCGAAUGCGGGAAGUUCUUUAAACGGAACUUGGACCUCAUUGAACAUGGGAGAGUUCAUACAGGAGAAAGGCCUUUUGAGUGUAAUGAAUGUGGGAAGUCUUUUACUUCCAGCUCUGCCCUCCGUUAUCAUCAGAGAGUUCACAGUGGAGAAAAGCCUUAUAAAUGCAAUGAAUGUGGAAAGUCUUUUACCUCUAGCUCUGGCCUCCGUUAUCAUCAGAGAGUUCAUACAGGAGAACGGCCAUUUGAGUGUAGUCAUUGUGGGAAAUCUUUUACUCAAAUAAAUCACCUCAUUAUACACCGAAGAAUUCACACAGGGGAAAGGCCUUAUGAGUGCAGUGAGUGUGGAAAAUCCUUUAGCCACAAAUCUUACCUCUCCCAACACCAGAGAGUUCACACUGGAGAAAAGCCCUUUGAAUGUAGUGAAUGUGGGAAAUCUUUCACCUCUGGCUCUGCCCUCUGUUAUCAUCAGAGAGUUCACUCCGGAGAAAAACCCUAUGAGUGCAGUGAAUGUGGGAAAUCUUUUACCAAUGGACCAAUACUCAUUCGACACCGCAGAGUUCACACAGGAGAAAGGCCUUAUGAAUGCAGUGAAUGUGGGAAAACUUUCACCCAAAGAAAUCAUCUCAAUAUACACCAGAGAUCUCACACAGGAGAGAGGCCUUAUGAGUGUCGUGAAUGUGGAAAAUGCUUUACCUCUGGCUCCUCCCUUCGUUAUCAUCAGAAAGUUCACAUUGGAGAAAGGCCUUAUGAGUGUAAUGAAUGUGAGAAGUCAUUUAUCUCUAGCUCCGCCCUCCGCUGUCAUCUGAGAGUUCACACAGGAGAAAGGCCUUUUGACUGCAAUGAAUGUGGGAAAUCUUUUAGGGAUAGUUCCCAGUUGAAUCAACACCAGAGGGUUCACACGGGAGAAAAACCUUACGAAUGUACUGACUGUGGGAGAACCUUUAGCCAGAAUUCGUACCUCUCUAAACACAGGAGAAUUCACACUGGAGAAAGGCCUUAUGAGUGCAGUGAAUGUAGGAAGUCUUUUACUUCUGUCUCUGCCCUUGGAUAUCAUCAGAGAGUUCACACAGGAGAAAGGCCUUACAAGUGCAAUGAAUGUGAGAUGAGUUUUACAAAUAGCUCCAUACUCAUUCGACACCGUAGAGUUCACACAGGAGAAAAGCCUCAUGAGUGCAGUCAAUGUGGGAAAUCCUUUACCCAAAGAAUUCACCUCAUUAUUCACCAGAGAUCUCACACAGGAGAAAGGCCUUACGAAUGCAGCGAGUGUGGGAAAUCUUUUACUUCUCGUUCCACCCUCCAAUAUCAUCAGAGAGUUCACACGGGAGAACGGCCUUUUGAUUGCAUUGCAUGUGGCAAAUUUUUUAGCCGAAAAUCUAACCUCGCUCAGCACAUGAGAGUUCACACUGGGGGAAGGCCUUAGAUGUGUAGGCCUUCCAAGGUGGUUUUGUUUGUUUGCUUGUGUUUUUUGUUUUCAGUGUUAGUAACACUGGAGGAAACACUGAGGUUCCGUUUGUCUGAAUUUAAUUUCAGGCAUAAAACAUCAACAGUAGGGAGGUUCCCCAUAAGUUUUAGUUAUGUGGGAAGCAUAUGUGUCUACGUUGCACUUUCUGAUCUACACACAUCUCUUGCCAGAUUUAUGUCACUACAGAUGUCUCUGGUCGAAGCUGUUUCACCGAUAACAUCUAGAAGAUUCCCACAGAUUGCAUCAGUCACCAGACUAAUGUGCUCAGGGCAGCUUACUCUGUUUCUUGGUUUGUUGGAGGAAAUUAGAAAUGGCCUGAGCACUUAGGGGAUCUGCAUUCUGUUCACUCUGAAUAGUUGGGGAAUGGACCUGACUCGGUGAUAACCCAGAGAACGUCAUCUGAAUUCAACUGGCAGCUUGAGAAGGACUUUUUCAGGGACCUGGUUUCCUUGGAAACCUGUGACGAAUAUUUCCAAUUUCCAAGUCACCAACGCAAGAAGUACCAGGUCCGACUUCCUUUGGUUCGUAACAUAAUGAGUAUCUUACUGUUUUAAGGACUCUUCAAUCUUGGGUAUCCUAGUUAAUGCGUGGCGUAACUUAUAAGCAAAUUUGGGUUCUACAAACAACUUUUUAUUGGGGGGCCUCAAAAUUCCUCUGUAUCACAGGGGAUGUCCUGGUGACCGAAACUAGCUCACCAGGUUUUUGGCAAAUUUGCGUUACUAUUGCAGGGCUUUCUGGUCAUGUGAAGCCUAAAUGCUAUGAACUUUAGGAGCCUCAGAAAUCACCCUAAGGAGGGUCAGGUGUUGCAACCUCAAGUGCUUCUGGGAGCAGCAUUAAUUUAUACCUUGUUCACAAGGUAUGCCAAUAGUUUUGAAGGGAAUUAUUUUCCAAGUUCUUAUAAAGAGCCAUGUGCCCGUAUGUCUACAAUUACAUGGUUGAUGGCAACUGGUUGUGGGGACGUAGGGGUGAGGGGAAAACCACGAUUUCUACAGAAUCACUGGCCUAAUUGGUAUUGUUGGAGACUGCAUCCAACUGGAUGGAAUGUGCCUCUUCUAAAUGUGCAUCCAGAAAUGUUUCUGCGAAAAAGAAUGUAUCCGUGUACGCAAAUCUGAGGAUCUCCAGGCUUGUUUAUCUUCUGAGACUUACAUCAUUUUCAUCGAAGAUAAUCAAAAGAUUUUUAGGCCUGGACAGUAUUGCUCAGUGGUUGAGCAUCGACCUGUGAACCAGGAGGUCACAGUGUGAUUCCUGGUCAGGGCACAUGCCUGGCUUGUGAGCUAGAUCCCCAGUAGGGCAUGUGCAGGAGGCAGCCAAUCAGUACUUCUCAUCAUUUUAAUUUUUUUGUUGUUGACCCUCACCCAAGGAUAUUUUUCCAUUGAUCUUUUUUACAGAGAGGGAAAGACAGAGAAAUAUUGAUGUGAGAGAAACACAUCUACUGCUUUCCUUCUGCAUGGGACCUGACCAUCGGGAAGUAGCCUGCAACCAAGGUACAUGCCCUUUACCAGAACUGAACCCAGGAACCUUUGGUCCACAGGCUGAUGCACUACCCACUGAGCUAACAGGCUAGGGUUGAUUCUCAUUGAUGUUUCUGUCUCUAUUUUUUACAAAAAAAUUUGUGGACUGGCUGGCAUGGCUCAGUG